AUGGGUCGCGAAACUGUGUUCCUUCCAGCCCCACCAACCACUGCCACCACCACAGUGAACCCAGUGGUAGCACCAACUGCACCACCUACCUCUCUUGCUCCUGGUUUCAGGUUCCACCCAACUGACGAGGAGCUUGUUAUCUAUUACCUCAAGCGCAAGGUUUCUGGCAAAAACUUUCGAUUUGAUGCUAUAUCUGAAGUGGAUAUAUACAGGAGCGAGCCCUGGGACCUAGCAGACAAGUCGAGGUUGAAGACCAGAGACCAGGAGUGGUAUUUUUUUAGUGCAUUGGACAAGAAAUAUGGGAAUGGUGGGAGGAUGAACAGGGCUACCUGCAAAGGGUAUUGGAAAGCCACUGGGAAUGAUAGAGCAGUGAGACAUGAACAAAGGACCGUGGGUUUGAAGAAAACUUUGGUGUUUCACAGUGGGCGAGCUCCUGAUGGGAAGAGGACUAAUUGGGUCAUGCAUGAGUACAGGCUUGUUGAUGAAGAGCUAGAGAGGGCUGGGACUGGAUCCUCUCAGCCUCAGAAGGAUGCAUAUGUUUUGUGUAGAGUAUUUCACAAAAAUAACAUAGGACCUCCAAAUGGGCAACGAUAUGCACCCUUUGUCGAGGAAGAGUGGGAUGAUGCAUCGGGAAUGGUUCCAGGGGCAGAGCUCAUGGAUAACAGCUCUAUUGCCCACCAACCACGCGUUGAAGGCAACCGUGGUGUUUUGUGCGCAGAAGGGAGAAAUGGUGUUGCACAGGACACUCAGUCUAUCAAUAGAACUCCAUUUGAUGUGAACAAGCUUCCUAUAGAAACUCAAAAUCUUCUAGCUGUGUGCAAGAGGGAAAGCAUGGCUGAUUAUCCAUCUCCUGAAAAGGAUGAUAACAAUUGUAAGCACAUGGAUGAGUACCCUUCACCUCAAACAGACAAUCCAAAGCCUUUCUCCCAAAUUUACAAACGAAGGCGGCAGCAUAACUCGAACUCCAACCACAAUGUGUCUGGAGAUUCGAUCCGAACCAGCCAGGACCCGUGCUCCUCCACAAUAACUACUGCCGCAACCGCACUCCCAACCACCAUUGCUGGUGCCACUACCACCAACACUGCACCGAAAAAACAUUUUCUGUCUGCACUGGUGGAGUUUUCCCUGCAAGAGUCCCUUGAAUCUAAGGAGAGUCUUGCUUCGAUUAAGGCACCAGAUUUUGACGCGGAAAUCCCCGAGUCAUCCAUGCCUCCAAGCUGUGCUAAGUUCAUCAAGAACUUGCAGAACGAGAUGCAUAAGCUUACAGUUGAAAAGGAGACGAUGAGGUUUGAGAUGAUGAGCGCUCAAGCGAUGAUUAACAUUCUCCAGUCUCGCGUCGACGUUCUGAGCAAAGAAAAUGAGGAGUUGAAGAGGAUGGCCCAAAAUCCUUAG